GUUGUUUCGAUUAAGACGGUGUCGUGCUGGCAUCGCUACCUGCUGGGAGAUCUCAUCUUUGUCGUCCUCUCCGUGAUAUCCAUCGGCAUCAUUCCGCUUCUAGCCAGCUGGUUUCCUUCUUUUUACGUCACCCUGCGAUUUAAGCGCGUUCCUCCCGGCGACGUCAACACGGACUACGUCCUAGUGGAGAGUCUCGACGGUAUUCUGACAGUCGCCUCGCUCGAAUCCGUCGACCCCUGGGCCCCGUCCCGUGGGUGGGUGGACGUUGCGACGGCGCGCUCCUGCACGAGGCGUCCGGGUUGCGAGAUCAGCUUCGCCGCCCUUCCUCGAACCUUCCUGUGGCGCAGCGAGCGCUUCUGGUUCGACCCGGCGGCGGCCGCGCGUCUGUUCGACGGCACGCCCAAGUCCGCCACGCGCGCAGCGGAGCUCAGCAGCACGCCGCUGGUGUGGAAGCGGCACCGCUUCCAGCUCGCCUCCACCGCCGCUGCGCUCCACAAGUAUGGCGCCGCUUGCGCCAUGCAGGAGCCCCGCGGAGCGAGUCAUCCAGGAGACGUGAGUGACUGGGAGCGACGGCUCCUCACCCACGGCCCGAACAUCCUGCAUGUGCAUGCACCCAGCUUCUGGGUACUGCUGUUAGGGGAGGUGCUGAAGCCGUUUUUCGUCUUCCAGGUGUUCAGUGUGAUCGUUUGGUUCCAGAUCAACUACUACCUCUACUCCUGCGUCAUCAUCUUCCUCACUACCACCUCAGUCGUAUACGAGGCCGCUCAGACCCGCCGCAACAGGCUCGCCAUCAAGCGGCUAGCAGAGACGGACUGCUCUGUGGUGCGCCUGACCGCCCGCCGUGAGUCCGCCGACCCUUCUGCUGCGCCAAGGCUGCAGCCAGAGCAGGUUCUAGCCAGCGCUCUUCUGCCAGGCGAUCUCGUGCAGGUGGAGGCAGGCAUGGUGCUGCCAUGCGAUCUGGUGCUGCUGGCGGGCCAGUGCGUGCUCAAUGAGUCCAUGCUCACUGGCGAAUCCGCUCCUGUGCUCAAGACAGCCCUCCCUCUCGACUUCUCUGCACAAGCGCAGAGCCUCCGGCCAGGGUCAGAGGCUGACUCCAAGUACCGUCUGCUCUCAGGCACAGAGGUGCUGCAGACCAGGGCGCUCAGGGUACCGCCCACCCCUCCGCCCACCUGGCCCUCCUCGUCUUCUAGCGGGGAGGCCCCUCCUUGUGUGUGGAACUUCGCCAAUGCGAGCCAAGGACAGCCCAUGCCUGUGACAGCUAUGGUGGUGGGCACGGGGUAUGCGACUUCCAAGGGCGAGCUGGUCCGCGCCAUCAUCUACCCGAAGCCCACGUCGUUUGACUUUGAGCGCAAGCUGUACCUGUUCAUUGUGAACCUCUUUGUCUUCUUCCUCAUUGCCGCCAUCAUCACCGUUAUCUACCAGUACAACAAGGUGAGCACCAGGCAGCUGGUGCUGAGCGUGCUAAACAUCCUCACUAUCACUGUGCCGCCUGCUCUCCCUCUCGCACUCUCCAUCGGCCUCACCACGGCCUUCUCUCGCCUCCAAGCCUGUGGCAUCUUCUGCAUCAACCCGCCUCGCAUCAUCAACGCGGGACGUGUCAACCUCCUCUGCUUCGACAAAACAGGCACUCUCACACGCGACGGUCUCACUAUCUCUGGAGCCAUACCGGUCUCCUCCUCCUCCCCUUCCGCCUCCUCCCCCACCUUCUCCUCUCUCCACUCCAACCUCCUGGAGCUUUACCACGAGGCCGUGAAGCCCACUGCUGCAUCACCCCAACCUGCCUCAACCGCAUCGACUCCCACUGCAUCCCUCUGUUACACCCUAGCUGCCUGCCACAGCCUGUCAUUGCUCCACGGUCCUGCCCCCUCCCGCUCAGAUUCCUCCUCGUCUGCUUCUGAUGCGUUUCCCGAGAUGGAAGUGCAUGCAGAGCGGACCGGGGGAGAUGGCUUCUGGAGUAGGCUGAUGCGUGGGGAGUGGGGGUACGAUGGGGUGAAACGGGGCAGCAGGAGCAGCAGUGGUAGUGUCGGUGACGGGGGCACUCAGGGGUCGAGGCUGCAUGCAGGGCCGAGGAGUGAUGAGCAGGAGCAGUGGGGUGGUGGGGUGGGAGCGUCUGAGGUGGAGGAGGGGGAGGCUGGGGGGAGUGAGGAGAGUGCUGUUGUGCACAUGAAGGACGGCUCCGUUUGUCUGUUUGUGGGCGACCCACUCGAAAUACAGAUGUUCAGGCGCAGUGGCUGGCAGUUCCUCCCUCGCCCUGAGUCUGACCACCACGACACCACCAACCCCAGCAGCAGCGCCCCACCGCCCACGAACGCCUGGGACAUCAACACCAUCUGGUCCCACCCAGACCUCCCCCACUCCGUCGACCUCCUCCUCCUCCCUCCUUCCCCCUCUGACCCCUCCGCGGCCCAUCCCGCGCACCAUCUCCUCCCCCCCGUGGCCUCUGCCUCGUCCUUUGUGUUCUCCUCCCAGCCGGCGCUGGCUGUGCUGCGGCGCUUCGACUUUGACUCGGACCUCAGGCGCAUGGCAGUGGCAGUGCUGCAUGUGCACCCUGGUGUUGUGAGGAGCGCGGGUUGUGAGGGUGCUGCUGCUCCGCCCAUGUCUCUGCUUGUAAAGGGUGCUCCUGAAAGCAUUCGCCCCCUGUGCGCGCCUGCAUCGCUCCCGCGUGACUUUGAGGCGCAGCUCAAGGCGCUCACACUCGGUGGCAGCAGAGUGCUGGCCGUGGCCUCACGAUCGCUCUCCCACCUCACUCUGCAGCAGGUGGCAGAGGCGAGCCGGGCAGACAUGGAGAAGGAGCUGGUAUUCUGUGGGUUCCUGGUGCUAGAGAACCCCAUCAAGCCCGAAACCACACCUGUGCUGCACUGCCUAGCUGCUGCUGGGCUCAGAUGUCUCAUGGUCACCGGAGAUAACCCCCUCACUGCCCUCGCUGUCAGCCGCCACUGUGGUCCGUACCUCCUACACACCACACGCCACCCCUAUCUCAUCGACACAGCCGACGACGCGCAGUCAAGUGGCACGGGCUGUGUGAUACAAGACGUGGUGACACACCGCAGUGUGCCUCUGGACGAUGUGCUUAUAGCGGGGCCUUCCGGUGCCGCCUCUGUGCUGCAAAAGGGCUCUUCAGACGGGUCUAUGGCUGCUCCUCAGCUGGACGCGUCACUCAGAGGAGCAGACCUCGUGGUGACAGGCCGAGCGUUCGCAGCACUUAAAGCCCACCACGACCGACUCGCCUCGCUCCACAAGCCCCCCCGCCGAUCCUCCUCCCCUUUCUCCUCCUCCCCGGCCCCCUCCUCCUCCUCAACCGCCCUUGUGCUCGCCCCUGCCUCGGCUGCUAUCACGCCCUUUGAAGCGGUGCUGUCCCGGGCAGGGGUGUUUGCUCGCAUGUCCCCCAGCAACAAGCAGGACCUCAUGCUUGCUCUCCGGGACCUGGGUUACUCCGUUGCCAUGACUGGUGACGGUGCCAAUGACAGUGCAGCGCUCAAGGCAGCAGACGUGGGCCUCAGCAUCGCCUCCAAGCGCCACUCCACCCUCGCAGACCUCCCCUCCUCUCGCUCCGUCAAUGGAGCAUCAGGAGCAUCAUCAUCAGCAUCAGCGCCACUGAGAGGGGGUCGCAGGUCGUCAGUGGCUGUGGCACAGUCGGCAGCAGCAGCUUCGGACGCAGCAGCAGCAGCUCCCAGCAUUGCGGCGCCGUUUUCCACCCACGUGGCUCACAUUGGGGCACUUGUUCCGCUGCUGAGGGAUGGGCGGUGUGCGCUGGUGACAGCAACGAGCAUGUUCAAGUACAUGAUGUUCUAUGCCAUAGUGCAGACCAUGUCCAUUGUCGUGCUCUACCCGCUCGCUCUCGAGCUCACAGACAUGCAGUAUCUCUGGGCAGACCUAGCCCUGGUGUUCCCCAUGAUCCUGCUCAUCCCCACGCUCCUGCCGCGCAAGACACUCUCCCGUGGCCUGCCCGAGACCAACCUCUUCUCGCUCUCCAUGCUCGUGGGCAUCUACGGCCAGUCCGCCCUCAUUGUUGCCACGCAGCUGCUCGCCUCUGCCUUCCUACAGAAACAGUCAUGGUAUGUGGAGCCAAUCAUUGGCACUCCAGGGUUCAACCGCAAGGUCAACAUCAACACCACUGCCAGCUUCCUCUUUGCUUCCUUCCAGUAUCUCUUCCUGGCUGCUGCUGUCAGUCAGAGCUUUGGCCGCUUCAGAGCACACCUGUUCCAAAGCCCUCUCCUCAUUGCCGUGCUCCUGCUGCAGUUCCUCUGCUGCACGCUCUUGUUGCUCUACCCAUCCGCAACCAUCCGCGAUGCCUUUGGCCUUGUUGACCUGAGCGCCUAUCCUGACUUCACCAUUUCCAUCUGGGUCUUUGCCAUCAUCACUGGUGUAGCCUUCAUUCUCUUUGAGCGUUUCGCUGUGCGCCACCAGUCCGCCGAGCCUGACACUGCCGACGCUGACGACCUGCUUCGGCAGGCAGCUGAGUGGCAGGCCAAGGAUGCUGCAACAGGGUCAGCCCCGUCACAUGGCUCUGCACAUGUGUGGAUCGGUCAUGGGAACAAGAAGGAAGGGGGGUCACAGGCCAGAAGCUCCUCUGUAGAUUCGUGGCAGCUCUUCGCAAGCUCCUUGCAUCCUCUGGAUCGCAUCAUGGCUGCUGUUGCACUCUCAUCGACUCCGAUCGUUCGCAAUGGCCUGCAGGCGUCGGGCCUCCGCAGUGCGAACCAGAGCUCGUUUCUUGGAUCUGUUCCUGCUCUGCGUGCUGGUGUCGAGCGACCCGUGCUGAAGCACCAUGCGCCGACGGUGCGGAUGAUCGCUGCUCCCGAAAGGCCCACGAUUACCAGCAUCGAGAACGAUAUUGAUGUGCCUCCCAUGCCAUCGUUCGAGGAGUGUUUCCCCUCGAGCACGAAGGAAUACAGGGAAGUUGUGCACGAGGAGACGGGGACUGUCCUGCGCGUUCCGUUUCGGAGGGUUCAUCUGUCAGGGGAGGAGCCUCCUUUCGAUGUGUACGACACCAGCGGUCCCCAGAACAUCGACUGCAAUGAAGGUCUGCCAAAGCUGAGGGAGGCUUGGAUCGCAAGGAGGGAAAAGAGGGGGGACAAGUGCUUUACACAAAUGCACUACGCCAAGAAGGGCAUCAUCACUGAAGAGAUGCUCUACUGUGCGACGAGGGAGAAGAUGGAUCCCGAGUUCGUCCGAUCCGAGGUUGCUCGUGGACGGGCUAUCAUCCCUGCGAACAAGCGACACCCCGAGCUUGAGCCUACGAUUGUGGGCCGGAAUUUCCUCGUGAAGAUCAACGCCAACAUUGGGAAUUCCGCUGUCGCUUCUUCUAUUGAGGAGGAAGUCCAGAAGCUGAAGUGGUCGACUAUGUGGGGUGCGGACACAGUAAUGGACCUGUCAACUGGGGAUACCAUUCACGAGACUCGCGAGUGGAUUCUCCGUAAUUCCGCCGUUCCACUUGGGACUGUUCCAAUCUACCAGGCUUUGGAGAAGGUUAAUGGCAUUGCUGAGGACCUCACCUGGGAGAUUUUCCGUGAGACGCUCAUCGAGCAGGCCGAGCAAGGAGUUGAUUACUUCACCAUCCACGCUGGUGUCCUGUUGAGGUUCAUUCCGCUGACGGCCGAGCGGCUCACUGGCAUCGUUUCUCGCGGUGGCUCUAUCCAUGCCAAGUGGAGCCUCACAUACCACAAGGAGAACUUCGCCUAUGAGCACUGGGACGAGAUUUUGGACAUUUGCCGUGAAUAUGACAUUUCCAUUUCGAUUGGUGACGGACUCAGGCCCGGUUGCAUUCGCGAUGCCAAUGACAUGGCUCAGUUCUCGGAGCUGGCGAUCCAAGGGGAGCUGACUCGACGUGCCUGGGAGAAGGAUGUUCAGAUCAUGAACGAGGGCCCAGGGCACGUUCCCCUUCACAAGAUUCCUGAGAACAUGAGGAAGCAGCUUGACUGGUGCAACGAGGCACCCUUCUAUACGCUUGGCCCUCUCACUACUGACAUCGCCCCUGGUUACGAUCACAUCACUUCAGCAAUUGGUGCUGCCACCAUUGGCGCCCUUGGUACUGCUCUUCUCUGCUACGUCACUCCCAAGGAGCACCUUGGGCUGCCAAACCGUGAGGAUGUGAAGGAUGGAGUCAUUGCUUACAAGAUUGCGGCGCAUGCUGCAGAUCUGGCGAAGCAGCACCCUUAUGCUCAGGAGUGGGAUGAUGCUCUUAGCAAGGCCCGCUUCGAGUUCCGCUGGCGUGAUCAGUUUAACCUGUCACUUGACCCAACAACAGCUCAGGCCCUCCAUGAUGAGACCCUGCCAGCUGAUGGUGCUAAGCUUGCCCAUUUCUGCUCCAUGUGUGGGCCCAAGUUCUGCUCUAUGCGCAUCACUGAGGAUGUCCGCAAGUAUGCUGCCAAGCACGGCUAUGGGGAGAACGUUGAUGCUGCUGUCCAGAAAGGAAUGGAGGAAAUGAGUGCUGAGUUCCUUUUGGCUAGGAAGGUCAUCAGUGGGGAGCAGGACAAGGCACGCCAUCACGCCAUGGAUAAGUACACUCGCGUGGAGAAGCCGCGCGCAGAGGCGCCGAUUAGCGAGAAUGAGAUCCGAAUCACCGUCCAGGGGAAGGUCCGCAACUACGUCACCUACGCCGCCACUCUCCUCCAGGAGCGCGGGCAGAAGGAGGUGGUGGUGAAGGCCAUGGGGCGCGCGAUCAGCAAGGCCGUGCUCGUGGCGGAAUCCGCGCGGCGUCGCAUCCCGGGAUUGCAUCAGAGCACCGUGAUUGGCUCCACAGACAUCACGGACCUCUGGGAGCCUCUCGAGGAAGGCCUCUUGCCGUUGGAGACCACUCGCCACGUGUCCAUGAUCAGCAUCACCCUCUCCUCUGAACCGCUUGACACCAACGCUCCAGGCUACCAGCCCCCGCUGACAGAGGAGGAAAUGGCGCGACUCCCGGAAACUUUUGCUGAGGGCGGAGAUCACAGCAGGCGGGCACGUGCUGCUCGAUAUUCGUCCAAUGGUGUGCUACCUACCUCGCACACUUGCCGCUGCAUGUUGAGUCGACUGCAAUCACAGAGGGCAGGCACUUCUCACAUGCUGCUCAGUAUCCUUCCCAUGGUAUGCCACCUUGCACUCUUGCCCCUGCCUUCCCCUUCAUUCAUUUCUGUUCCCCACCUCCCUUCCUAA